GAUGAAGAGUUACACACCAAAAAGAAAGGGUCAAGUUCAAAACUGAAAUUUAAAUUAUCUUUUUAUCCAAACUUUCCUUUUCAAAGGUAAAUCUCAAGUCAAUGUUGAGCAAAUGCAUAUGUGAACAUUGAUUUACUAAAAGAUUCAAUAGAUAAUAUCGAUUUGAUGAAACCAAACUCAUGUUUAAAGUAAAAGCUCAUCAACUCGAUCGAAUGAUAAUCUGCUGAAAAUUUACAGAUAAUACGAUAAUAAGGUCCAUAAGGUUCAUUGAAUGAUUAGCUUCAAGCGUUUAACCCAACAUCAAAUCCAAGUCUUCCUUCAUUAAACAGGAUUCAAUUGUAUCUUUAACCACAUAGAAUGUCAAUAAUUGGACAGAAUUUUGCUUUUUUCAACUCGUUCUGGGAAAUGAGUUGAAAUGAUCUGAACAAUAACAUUUGAAAAUAUUCAUCAUUUGUCUUCAACUAUUAUUUUGUUCAACAUUGAGUUUUAUUGUUGAAAUCAAACCUAAAACUUUCUUGUUCAUUGGCUACAACAAUGUUCAUCUUGAGAAUAAAGAUUUAAAGGCUUUUCAUUAAACGUUGGAAUUGCAUGAAAAUGUAAUCAAUAAAAUUCUCGGCGAACUCAAUGAAUACUUAUUUUCACUAUUAAACACUUGCGAAGUUUCAAGUUAAAUUAAUUGCUUUAAAAUGCAAAUUUGACGAGAAAAAAACUGAAAGAGAACUUGAAGUUUUUCUCAAAAUUAUCAUUAAAUUGAAGGCGAUUUAAACUGUUUCAUGUUUUAAUAUCUGGCAACUCUGAUCGUGCCAAUGAAUCUCAAUGAGUUGAGGAUAGUUUUUCAUGAGAUUUCAUUGUUUACUGAGAACAUGAUAAAGAUGUAAAUAUUUUCUGUUUACUUGAAAUGGUUGAAAAAUGAAGGAAACAUAAUUUCACCAAAUCUCGAGUUUUAUCCUCAAACCAAAUGAUCAUUUUCCCUUGCAAUUGUUUCCAAUUUAAUUUCAAUUUUUCUUCAUUUUUACAUUUUCCAUUUCAACCUGAAAUCUGGACAAACUCAUGAUAAUAUCCGCUCAAUAAACAGUACAAUAAUCAUUAUUGGAAGUAAAAUUUUGAGUGAUUUUUUGCUUUUCUUGCAUUUCAAUGAACUUCAUGUUAUAUAACUUUCAACUCUUUCUGUUUCUCAAUCAACUUCCGAAAUUAACUUCCGCAGGAAAAUGAUGAACGGAAAAAGAUAACCCUCAAUGUUUUUCCGGGUAAAAAAGCUCGUUCAUGAGAUUCCAUGUAAUAUCAUGUUCCAUGUAAAUCUUUUUUCUCCCUCUUUGGAGGAAAAAAAUUUCAAUCUUUUCACUUUCACUUUAAAUCAAGAAUCGCCAAAAAAUGAAAUCAAAAUUUGUACAACUUUGACCUUUCAACUGAAAUGAAAUUUGUCUUGUUAUUCCUUGUUGUUACUCUGAUAUUGAUUUCACCCUGAAGCUGAUUCCAUCAAAAGUUUGCCGUUAAAUGAUUGAAAUUUAAUCUCAACUUUUGCUCACAUUUUCACAAAUUUCAUUUCAAACCUCAUUUUAGAUAAUUUUAUUGUCGAUAUUAAAAGUCGAUUUUUGGAUGAAAUUUUAUUCUUCGUUUUAUUAAUGGCAUUAUUGUCAUCAUUAGUGGUUAACUAUUUAGUAUUAUCUUGAGAAAUGAUGAUUGUAAUGAUUCACAAAGAAAUGAUUUUCCAAGUACAGUCAAGCCUCUCAAAAUUGGAGCCUCUCAAAGUUAGUCGUUGCUAAGACAACAGAGUAGACAAUUGUCCAUUCAUUUAUCCCUCUUAUUAAUGAAGCUUCAACAUGCCUCGUCGUAAUUUGAAUUAUAGUGAAAAAAAUAAAGUUUUGAUGGCCAAAGAUCAGAAUCUUAAUACUGAACAGAUUGCCUUAAAGUUCAAAGUCUGUAAAUCAACUGUUCAUAAUAUAAUUAAUAACAAAUCAAAGGUAAAAAGUGCCAUUGAGAAAAACAAAGGACGUUCAAAAAGGAUUGUUGAUUCAGUAAAUUUUUUUGAUGAAAAAAUUGUUGAAUAUAUUCAAUCAAUGCAAAAUGUUGGAUUUCCAAUUACAAGUUUGAUGAUAAGAGAAAAGGCGGCUCGACUGGCAAACGAAUAUAAAGUAAAUAUUGUAGCUUCAAGAGGAUGGUUUCAUCGGUUCAAAUUAAGGUGUAAAGUUAAACAUGGAAAACUACAUGGUGAAUCAACAAGUGUUGAUCUCGCUGCUGUUGAAAAUUUCGCCAAAAAUAUGAUUCCUAAAAUAAUGAACAAAUAUGAACCGAAUAUGAUUUACAAUUUGGACGAGACAGCUAUUUUUUAUCGACAACUUCCAAGCAAGACUUAUUUCAUUUCCAAAUCACCUCAUUUCGGAACUAAAAUUUACAAAGAAAGAGUUACAUUGGCUUUGUGUUGUAAUUCUGUUGGAGAUAAAUUGACCCCAAUGAUAAUAGGUAAAUCACGCAAUCCCAAAGCUCUUAGAGGAAACCAACAACAUUUACAGGCUUUGGAUGUCAUUUAUCAAUCAAACUCAGCAGCUUGGAUGACCAAAAAAUUGUUCACAUUUUACCUUCAAAUUUGGCAUAAUGAGCUUCAGAAAAAUAAUCUCAAAGUUGCUCUAAUUGUUGAUAAUUUUGCUGGCCACAAGAUAGAUGAAGAUCUAUUUCCAAAUAUUGAGUUUAUCUGGCUACCUCCUGGAACUACAAGUUAUCUUCAACCUUUAGAUUGUGGAAUAAUUAAAUCAUUCAAAGAUAAAUACCUAAAAGCUCUAUUCAAUAGAAUCUUCAUUAAAUUUGAACAAAAUGCUAAUCCACUUUCAAUAGUUAAAGAAAUAACUAUUUUUGAUGCUGUUUGUUGGAUCGCAGAGGCGUGGUCAGAAGUUUCAAUUGAAACGAUAAAGAAUUGCUGGAUCCAUGCAAAAUUCAGAGUUGAAAGUGUUGAGGUUGAUGCAGUUGAUGAAGAAAUGGUUGAAGAGAAAGAUGAGGAAUUGUUGACCAUUUAUAACAGUUUACCAGAAAUUGCUCAAGAUAAACCUACUUUAGUUGAAUAUUUACAGGCUAUGACAAUUAGUGAUCAUAACUCUUAUGUCUGUGAAACAAGAAGUCUUUAAAGACAAGAAAAAAUAUAAUAUAAAAAAUCUAAACCAUUAACAUAGUUGUCAUUAUCAACUGUUCCUCAAUUAUCAAGUCAAUCAUUAAUUUUCAUCGUUUUCACUAAAUUUAAAUCCAUUGAAACCAUCCAUAUCAUUGUUGCUCCACUCCUUUGAAAAUCCUAUGUAAAUAAUAAGAAAAAGAUAAAUUGAGUAAAAAAGAAUUAAUUUAAUAUGUAA